AUGGCUGGGGUGGUCGGCGUCUGGUUCGCCAAGUUCGGCCGGGAGGCGGCGCCGGCGGUAGAGGCAGAGGCCGAGGUCGUCGGACGGCGACACCAGGGCGACGGCCUGCUCGAGGUGGAGGCCGUGAAGACGGUGCAGAUCCAGGAGAGGAGGAGGAGGAACAGCGCCGUCCUCGCCAACUCCGAGGACACGGUGUGCAUGCUCAUGGACCGCUUCGCCCCGGCCUGA